UUUAGGGUGGGAGUCCGGGAGAAUAUGCCCAUAGUUUAGGGGGCAUUUUGUAAAUACAGCAAAAGUCUUCUGGUUCUGGGCGGUUGAAAUUUGGGGAUUUCCUCGUGUCGGGGAUCAGUCUCAAAGAAUUGAGAGCUGCGAUGAAUCUGUACGGGCUCGAUUACACCUCCAUCGACUUAGGGUUGGUGGAACCAGGCCUCGUUGAUUAUGUUUCUCCGUCGCGUGAGAUGAUCGUCGAUAGAAGAAAUAGAGAUAGAGAGGUGGAGGAUUUACUUAACCUCUCGAAUUCACUGUUGCGGAGAAGCCAGCGGGAGAUCAGUCCGCCGCAGCGUCGACACGACGGCACUUCGCCAUUGCCGCUUGGAAUGGAUUGGAGCUCUCCUCCUGGUGUUUGGGACGGGCCAAACACCACCUGGCCUCAUGAUUUUCACACGGGAUGGACUUAUUGUGCUACGAUACCUGGUUGGAGCUUCUUGUCCGAAUCCGGAGGUUCAGAGCCUGGAGUGUUUUACAGAGUCAAAGUAGGUUUGCAGUCUCCUGAAGGUGUUACCACCUCACGAGAAGUGCUGAGAAGGUUUAGUGAUUUCUUGAAGUUGUCAUCUGAUCUCAAACAGUCCUACCGCAAGAAAAAGCUUCCCCCGCCUCCUUCAAAGGGCCUUUUCAAGUUGAAAAGUGAAACAGCUUUGGAGGAGCGUAGGAACUCUUUGGAGGACUGGAUGACGAAAGUGCUCUCAGAUAUUGAUCUCUCGAGAAGUGCUUCCGUAGCAUGCUUUCUUGAAUUAGAAGCUAUUGCACGGUUAUCGUUUCGAGAGUCUAGCCACGACGUGCAAGAUUUAAACUUGAGUUGCAAUGGAAGUAGCCUUUCAACAGUAGCAUCGAUUCAUGGUCCUAGGACUGAGGCAUCUGAGAUUGGCUCCGAGCAACAUUUGAAGGGUGACAACUCAGAAUUUGACAAUGGACUACCGGACUCUCUUGAUGAUAUCGGCCCAAAUGAAGCAUUGCACAAAACUGACAAUGCUAACACAUCUGAAGUAUCCAGUGAAGUUCUUCCCACAGGCAAGAACCAGUUUCAGACUGCCGUAGAACAGCAAUUGAGGUCAUCAAAAACCGAUGUAGAAGAUCUUGUAGCAAGAUUAACCCAAGAGCGCGCCGUCACACAAUAUCUCACCAUCAAGAUCAAUGAUUUGGAAACUGAACUUGAAUCUACCAAGAAAAGUGUCGAAGAAAAUCUGGAGCGCGCAAUGUCUGCUGAGGAGGAAAGGAUUACUCAAAUGCAGUGUGAUAUGGAGGAACUCAGAAAAAGGUGCAUAGAGAUGGAAUUAAGGUUGAAAUCUAAACAGGACGAAUAUGAUCAUGAUGGCACGACAACAACGGCUUCAGAAGAGAUUGAAUCUGUUAGAGAAGAGCUAAGGAAUUUGCGGAAAAGCCAUGAAGAAGCACAAUUAAAAUCGAAAUCAGAAGUUGAAUCACUGAGGUCGGAACUCGAAAAGGUGGCGAAAGAGAGGACAGAAUUAGAGGCAAUGCUACGAAAGGAAAGAGCAGAAAGGGAGCAUGUAAAUGAUGCCCAUACAAAGCUGCUGCACGAAUGUAAGUUGCUUCGUAGUCGACUUGAAGACGAAGAAUUUGCCGUGAGCAACCAAGAAAGUAGUAACCCGAAAAUAGAUGUAGAUGUUCACACUUCAUUCGAGAACCAAAUCGACCCAUCUUGCUGAGGGUCAGAAGCUCCUCGCCGCAGCCCAAGUCACGAGUCAGAACAACAAGAAUACAAACACACAAUCAGUUCAAAAUAUUGCCUAUUGACGUCAAUCUAGAAAACAAGCAUAUUCUCUAAUGCUAUCAAACCAUCGAUCGAAUCAUCUCCGGGCAGCUGAAAGAAUAAUGCAAAAACAGAUAUAUACAAAUGAACGUAGCACACUAUCCUAAAGCUACUAUUGCUCGUGUUCAACUCAUUCAGCUUAGCUCUUACUCAAAAAUGUACGAGCAAACCACCAAUAUAACCUUCAAUGAUUAUCCAAAAUUUACGAGUUACCGUAGAGCAUAGAAACUGUAGAUGCAAUUUCACAACGCCAAAAAAAAAAAAAUACCAAUUAUUUAUAGGUACAUAAACAUAUAUAUAUAUAU